AAGAUUAGAAUCAGAUGAUCCCUCUCUCGAACGUCAAUAUCAGACUUAUUAAUACCAUUAUAUGUUGUGCGUAGUAAGUAGUAAACAAAAGAAUUGGCUAUUUUAAUCGUAUUGUGUGUAUUUGGUAAAGUGUCAUAUUUAGGUAAAAACAUAACGGUUUUAUUAAUUAAUCAUAUUAUUACCGAAAUCGUGUAAAAUGGGAUCUAAAAAGAAAGAUCUUGAAAUCAUCUAUAAUCUUCAAUGGAAGAACAAGUCUGGUAAUGGAGGUGACAAAGCGAAUAUUAUUGGAAUGUACGAUAUACCAGCAACGACGCUUAAUUGGGAAAUAUUUAAAUCGUAUUUGUUAAAAAAUUCUGGAACUGUAGGGGAAGGUGUAAAAGUAUCUUAUAUUACCGAUAGCAACAGGGAAUUUCCAAUUGAAUCCCAAACUGAUUUUCAAAUUGCUUUGUAUGCGUUUAGACGCAAAGCUAGAAUUGGGGAGAUUGUUAAUUUGAAAUUGGAGAGUAAUUGCGAGUUACAGACUCACAAAAAUAAUCGUCAUUCUAACGAUGUUGAAACUCAGUUUGAUAAUGAAGCUAAUUCUGUCGUAUCUCAAUGCUGUAACUCUGAAUCGCCCCCAGAAUGGUUUUUAACACAUAUGAAUAAGUACAAGAAAUCGAUAGUCGAAGAAGUAACAGCCUCUGUUACUAACUUAGUUUCCAACUUAAAACCGCACACUGUUAGUCAACCUUCUUGUUAUCAUACAAGGAAAUCCAAAAACGAAAAUUCCAAAAGGAGAAAAUUACCUUUAUUGAAUACCGAAGGUUCCAUUGAGACAACAAAGGAUUUGAUGAAAUCGUUGAAAUUGGAAGGAAAACUCGACCACAAGUUGGAAAAAUUGGAAUCCAAAACGAAAAAACUGAAGGAGAAGAAACAAGCGCUUUUAUUCAAAUCUAGUGACAGCGAUGGUGGUUCUAGGUGUGGUAAACUAAACCUCCAUGGAAGUGAAGAUGAUUUUUUACAAAUGGACGCUAGACCCAUCGAUACCCAAGACGUAAUUCCUCAUAUGCUAGGCGGAGAAAUAUAUUUACAUCAUUGGAAAGUUAUUAAUAGCGGAAAAAUGACUUGGAACAAGAACACUAAAUUGAUGUUCACUUGGGGUUCUAAGGCAUUAAAACCAUUAGAUACCAUUGUUACUGUACCGUAUUUGAAAUCUGGAGAAACUGGAACGGUCGCUGUACGUCUUCAAAUACCCAAUCAACCCGGUCAAUACGAAUGCUAUUUCCAUUUCCACCAUGAAAAUCGAAGAUUCGGUCACUGGUUGGGUUGUCAAGUCAUCGUAGACCCAUUCGAUUUGAAAGGCAACAAAUCAGUUUUGGAUACUUGUUUUAUCAAAAACACUGAGGAUUUUUCAAAAGAAGUUGCCGCCAAUCCAGACGACGUUUACAACAUCAGCGACCCCAUAACUCAUUACGGAAACAUUUGGCAAGGUACUUCGGCUGCAGCUAAAGCAUUCGAAUCGGUUUUGGGUACCCAAUCGCCUGACGUGGUACCGGAAAAUAAAAACGACUUGUUGGAUUUGCAAUCGGAACGUACCACCAGCACUGUAACCAUGGAUAACGUUGUCAGAGAUAUAAAUACCAGGGUGGAAUAUAUUAAACUCGAAGAACCCACCGAUACGAAUUGCAGCAGUGAUUCCGAUAACCACAGUAUAAUAUCCCUUCCGGAUAGUGAUUGUUCCAAGGGGAUACCUUCUGAAUUUGUAGUCGUGCCUGAUUGUUUUAAUAUUGAUGAGCCGUUGAAGCCGGAAAUUGCCCAACAAGGUGGUGUACAGUUGAUGAAAAAAGGAGGAUCCGUGGAAAGUUUGGAUGAUAAUAAUAAUGAAGAUGUGGACGAAGGGAAAGAAAAUUCUCGUUGUGAUGAAGCAGCUUCGGAUGUUAGCCAGAAAUCCGACAUGGUUAUGGUGUCUUUACCGGAAAAUGAUGAAAAUACUGGAGAUGGGGAAAAAGUGAUGUCACCACAGAAGGAACUGGUAGAAAUCGAGGAGAAGAACCCCGAGCAGGUUGCCACAUCUGCUGCAAAUGAAGAACAUUCGAUACUCGACGACAAAAUUGAAAAACUGAAUAAACUAAAACACUUGGUAGGAAUGGAUGAUGUUAAAUUCGUACCAAGUUAUUCAAACGAUUCUAAUACGAAGGAAAACAAGGAUAAUAACUCUCCUUGUGUUAUAUUUGUCAAUCACAUUCCAGGAUCUGAUGCCAAUAAUACAAAUAGAACCUAUUGGGAGACAUUUUCUACGGGAAACGAACAAGUGAAAAAACCCUCAACUUCUGUGCAAGAGACUUCGAGACCAAUAGAAAUCCCAUCGUCUUCGAAUGGAAAUCCGUUCGUUUUUAAAAAUCUUCCCCACGUUCCGAAUUACCAACAGACGCCUCCGGAGGAACGCAAAUUACCUAACGAUGAAGAAAUCCGUGCUAGAUUCAUCAACAGCGAAACGGAACCAUUGGUGGCACCACAGGAAUUGGGCGAGGAUCCGAUCAAUCCACCACCGGAACAACCUUCCUCUUCGAGUACUAGACAGUUUUCUGAUGAAACGACAGUGACAUCUCCACCGGUGGUCCAUAUAUUACCGGAAGCUUUGGUAAACGGAGCUGUAAACGUUGCCAAAUCCGUUCUAAAUAGAUUUGUUUCGCAAUCGACACAGGGAAAUUGGGUUAACGGUCAACGAGUGGAUCCCACUCGCGAGGCAAACCUGCAGGCUUUAGCCGAAAUGGGUUUUUGGAACAGAGACUUGAACGCCACCCUAUUGACCAGAUUCGAUGAAGAUCUAUCGAGAGUUGUUGCAGAACUCGUGCAAUAAUUAUCCAUUUGUUUUUCCAUUAAAUUCCUGCUAUAGGAUUAGGUUAUGCUUAUGUAAUCGUUUUUCUUUUUAUCAUUUAACCGUAAAAAGGGGUAAGUAUGGGGUACUAUAACAUAUUCUCCACUUAUUCCAUAAUAAAUUUUUGAAAUAUUUAACGAUGAAAUGGAAAAAAUUUAUAAUAGUUUUAUUUAUAUCAUAUUGAGGGUUAUUUUGAUUUUUAAAUCAAAAUUUUUUUAUAGGGUAUCUCGUUAUCCUGGUACCACAACUUAAUUUUGUGUAACACGUUUUUUUUUCUAUUGUUAACUAAAAAAAUCAACUUUUUUCAAAAUAUGGCGGAGAUAUUUGUUAUUUUCUUAUUUGCUAUCCCCAUAGCUAUUAAAAAUACCGUUUAUGUGGUAGAUAAUAAAUAAAAUAGGGUGUAAUGGUUUAGUUUUUAAUUUUUAUGCUGUUUAUGCAUUUUUAUCUAUUAUUUGUGAUAUCAAAUAUAUAUUGUAGAGCUAAAGGUAUUAAUAAAGGUUUUUGAAAACUUAAA